AUGCACAGCACCUCCGCCCUUCGCACCGCCUGCCAGGCCGCCACCGCCGCCUCACGCGCCGCCUCGACUCGCUCCCCCAUCCUCUGGACCUACCUCCCCGGCCAAAUACCCUACGAGCGCGGCCUCCUCCUGCAAGAAUCGCUCGUCCAGGCUCGGUUAUCGGCAAAGGCGGCGCUGCAAGCUGCCGAGUCGAGCGAGUGGGAAGCGGAUCGGGUCGACUCGCUCAAACGGGUCGCGGACACCGAUGUCCUACUGUUGCUCCAGCAUACGCCGGUCUUUACGGCUGGACGGAGGGAGAAAAACCCGGAGCAACUGGAGCAGGAGGGCGCGAGGUUGAGGGCGCUCGGGGCAGAUUAUGUUCAUGCGAUGCGAGGAGGGCAGACGACGUAUCACGGGCCAGGACAGCUCGUCGGGUACUCGUUGAUGGACAUCGGUGCUGCGCAGCUCUCGACUCGCUGCUACGUCGACCGCCUCGAGAGCUUCCUCGAGGACUUCGCCCACGCGCUCUCCGUCCCCGUCCACCCCCUCGAACACACCGGCGUCUUCACCUCACCCACGACCAAACUCGGCUCAAUCGGGAUCCACAUCCGUCGCCGAAUCUCGCUGCACGGAUUCAGCUUCAACGUCGAACACCAGACCAAGGCGUGGUUUGAUCAGAUCGUUGCGUGUGGGUUGGCGGAUGUGCAGAGUACGAAUGUCGAGGCGGAGAUGAGGAAGUUGGGAAAGUUGAAGGAGGGGGAGGGGAAGAAGGUGCUCGACGUCGUGCCGCUCGCGGUCGAGUUGUUCGGCAAGCGGUAUGGGAGGGAGAUGAGGCAGCUUGAGGAGGGCGACGAGUUCGAGGAGACGAGGAGGAUGAUCAGCAAUGGUGUCGAGGGGAGGCUGCCGCCGCUGGAGAAGGUGAUGCUGGGCGUGUAG